CCUCCUCUUCUAAAACACAUGGUAGUUUGUUUUCACAUCGCUGCUGAUUUUUGUAUUACACUCUUAAAUCGACUAAACCUAUUGUAUUGUCGAGUAUCUUUAUUUCCAAAUGAAAGUUAAAGUUCUGUCGCGGAAUCCGGACGAUUAUGUUCGGGAGACCAAAUAUGAUAUUCAGCGUGUUCCUAGAAACUAUGACCCCAGCCUUCAUCCAUUUGAAGUCAACAGAGAAUACACAAGGGCUCUAAAUGCCACCAAGUUGGAUAGAGUUUUUGCUAAGCCUUUUCUGGCAUCUUUGGAUGGACACCGAGAUGGAGUAAACUGCAUGGCAAAACACACCACCCGUCUGUCCAGUUUACUGUCUGGCUCCUGUGAUGGAGAGUUGAAAAUCUGGAACUUGACAAAACGAGAAUGUGUCCGAACAAUACAAGCGCAUGAAGGGUUUGUUCGAGGAAUAGUUGUUCGGUUUUGUGGGACAUCUUUUUUCAGUGUUGGCGAUGACAAAACAAUCAAACAGUGGAAAAUGCAAUGUCCAGAAUUCGGUGAAGAAGAGGAACCACUGAACACUAUUCUUGGAAAAACUGUAUUCACAGGACUGGACCAUCACAGACAGGAAGGUGUGUUUGCAACAUGUGGCCAGCAGGUGGACAUCUGGGAUGAGCAGAGGAGCAGUCCUAUCCGCUCUUUUACCUGGGGUGUGGACAGCUUCAGCUGUGUUCGUUUUAACCCCGUGGAGACUGAGCUGCUCGCAAGCUGUGCUUCUGAUAGAAGUAUAGUGCUUUAUGACAUGAGGGAAGCAACUCCACUCAAAAAGGUUGUAAUGACAAUGAGAAGUAACACACUCUGCUGGAACCCUAUGGAAGCAUACUACUUCACCUGUGCAAAUGAAGACUAUAAUCUCUACACUUAUGACAUGAGGAACCUGGAACAGCCGGUCAUGGUGCACAUGGACCAUGUUUCUGCUGUUCUGGACAUUGACUUUUCACCAACAGGAAAAGAGUUUGUAUCAGCCAGUUUUGACAAAACCAUUCGCAUCUUCCCCAAAAAUGGAGGCCACAGCAGAGAGGUCUAUCAUACCAAGCGCAUGCAGCAUGUUAUUUGCAUUAAAUGGUCUGCAGACAACAAAUACAUUUUAAGCGGUUCAGAUGAGAUGAACAUUCGACUAUGGAAAGCCAAUGCCUCAGAGAAACUUGGAGUGCUGGCGCACCGAGAAAGAGCAGCUACAAACUACAACCAGAAGCUGAAAGAGAAGUUUCAGCAUCACCCUCAGAUCAAACGUAUUGCCCGUCACCGACACCUUCCAAAGACAGUGUACCACCAGUCCAAGGAGCUGAGAGUUAUGAGGGAGGCUCGCCGCAGAAAGGAGAGAAACGUCCGCAAGCACAGCAAACCAGGAUCUGUCCCAGUGACCACAGAGAGGGAGAAGCAUGUGGUGACUGUUGUCAAAUAGACAUUGUGCUAUUGUAACUUUGGACCAGUGGCUUCUGCUGUCUGGACAUACUGGAAAACGUCUCUGCUAGUUUUCCUGUAUCCUUCUAAUCAUGGAAGAAAAUAUGUCCAGAUGUUAAGGAUACAUUGUGCAUUGUAUUUACAAACCGCUCUAACAAGAACAUAUUAAAUUAAGUUGGAUUAAUUUUAUCAGUUGAAAAGAAGAGCAUGGAAGAUAACUGAAGAAAAGAAUGGUAUAUUCCUUUUAUAAAUUACUAGUUUUCUGUAAUCUAAUACCUUUUUUCCUUUGAGAGAUGACCCGAAAUCCCCAUAAAUAUGCUUUUUCUUCAACAUUUGUGAAAUUCUGAAAAUAAACCAAACAUUCAAAAAUGUA